AGGAGAAGAGGGAAAGAGGAGGAUCAACCACGCGCAGAGAACAAAGCCCUAAAUUCCCAAAUCGAGGAUCGAUUUGUAGAUCUCUUUGUUUAAUUCACGAAUCACUGGAAAAAUGUUGUGAUUUACUCCUCAAAGUCCAGGAAUCGGGGAAGCGGCGAGUUUGGAUUUGGUGAGGUAUUGUUCGCCAUGGCCGAUCAGUUCUCGUUUACUGAUGGAGGAGGUAAUGUUAUUAUCGAGGAGGGUAAAAAAGGAUUGAACCCUGGUUUGAUCGUCCUGCUUGUUGUGGGAGGCCUUGUGCUGCUUUUUCUAGUCGGAAACUACGCUCUCUACGCAUACGCGCAAAAGACCCUUCCUCCGAGGAAGAAGAAACCUGUCUCUAAGAAGAAGAUGAAGAGGGAGAGGCUGAAGCAGGGGGUUUCGGCACCGGGUGAAUAAGGAGGUCGCAGAUUCUCAUGUCAACAGUUUUAUGUCAAAGUCCAACUAGUUUGAAAUUUUGCUUAUCAGGUGCCAAAAACUUUGCUCGGUGUUCAAAAAACAAGAAUGUGGGGAACCCCUAGAACUCCAUUGUAGACAAAUGAUGCUAAUUAUUCAUCUUUCUUUGAACUGUCUCAGAUCCUGUGUUGCGUUUGAACUUCGUUUAUUCAUCAUAUUGUUCAUUGACUAUGAACUAUUUUCAACGCGUUUUUCUAAAGAUUGACCUAUUUGACGGUCGGUUAUCA